CGCUGUCGAUUCCCACUUCGUCUGCAAAAAAACUUUUUCCCUCCGUUAGCUUUUGCAGAUUGUAACCGACUCAAUCAUUCAGUUUUCCUUUGCUUUUCUCUUCAACUGGGCUCGUUCAUUUCUCAACUCCAACUCACUGAGUUACUUCCUUGUUACCUUACGAGUUCCUUCCGAUCUCGAUUCGAGUUUCGCAGCCCUUCUUCAACUUUCUUCGUUGUCCACCCAAGAUUAUUGUUUUUCCCCUUUCUGGGGUUGCAGGGUGGAGUGAUUUCUGUGUACAAUUCUCAUUGCACGUGCAACAUGUGAUUAGAUGAAGCGAGCAAUUCCAUCUUUGAAUCCUCAAGCAGCAUCCUACAUGCCUCUAGGCAAGAGAAUAACAGAGGUUGAAACCAAAAUUGCUGAGUUGUCUAAUUCUCCUUCUAAGGGCCUCUCUAAGACUGAACAGUGUCAAUCCGAGGAUCAAGCAUCUUCUGGCUCUAGCAGCCAUGCCAAUGAGGAUUCACAGAAUUCAAGUGACCAUACCAAAAAGAAGAGUGUAGAUAAUUCUCAUGAGAUGACAUUGGCUUAUUUGGCAUUCCUGUUUCCCAACAUAUCAGAGCAGUGCCUUGCAGAUGUUUACUUUCUGAAUGAGACUGACCUGGAUGCCACCACUGAUAUGCUGGAAGAGCUAGAGAGGGCUCCUGAUGAUCAUGCUAAACACAAACCAGACGUCUCGGACAUUGCUGGCACUUCAAGUUCUCAAGUUUCGGACUCAGAGUACAACGUUUCGGAUACUGGUUUAUCUCCUGUGGAGAGCAGUUCUGGCAACUCUAGGGGUGUGGAAAAGCAGUGAGGGACAGAGAAUCUCUUAAUAUGAGAUUUAGCCGAAGUACAGCCAUAAACUAGUAAUGGAGUUUCAAUUUUUCUCAUACAGUGAAAAAGUGUAACUGCAUCUGCAUAUACCAAUUUCUUUCCAAGUAUCCCAUCUUGUAUGAUGAUAACGGUUGUCUGGUUUCUUACAAAUGUAUCUUCUCUUGUCCAUUUUAAAGAAAUCAAUUACACUUUGAGCAUAUGCUUAAUUCGUUUUA